UCGCGCUAGUCAGUCGCUGGUGAACGCUCGAGUCGAACGGACGGAAAUAGAAAUUCGGCAUGGCCACAACCCAAUCUUUGUGGGUGUAUUCCUUUUUGUGAGGGAGAGAAGGGACAGGGUGUGUGUGUGUUGACUGAGGAUUGAAUGUGUGACUAACUAUCGAUGUGUGAAUUUGAUAUUCUUCACUCACCCGCAUAUGCCCUUGCAACGGUUUCCCUAUUUGGUUUCGUGAAGUGCAGUGAGACGGGAGUAGUGUUUUUAAUGGAAUAGUUUCCCAGAAACAAAAGCAAUUUUGAAUGAACUGUGUGCAGAGUUAUGAGAAGCGAAAGAAGAUAUCAAAAAAUAUAAAUUCUCCGUGCAAGAAAAGUGAAUGCAAUCAGCAGGGGAAUGCAGUUGACGAAGUUAAGAUAAGUGAAGUUUAAAUUGAAUUAGUUGUGCCAAAAAACCGUCAAACGAACAUUUUGUCCAUGCAAUCAGAAUAGUUUACCGCCGAGUUUUGGUAACUGUUAUGGUGGGGAGCGGGUGACCGUCAUCCACUAGCUAGCGGCACUAGCUUUCUCCCCCCAUCAAGUGGUCAGCAUUAAAAAUAAAUUGGAUAGAGUUUGUAUAAUUGAAACUAACGUGGUUAGUAAAUUGGAAUUGUAAUUGAAUGUGGGUUUCUGGUGUGACACGUGUCCGCUGUUAAGUUGAAGUUACGAACAACAGACCAAUAAACUCCGUUAACAUCGUUUGAGCUGUACAGCUGCUCCAUCAUGCGCCUCCAUAAUACCAGUUUUCGUCGAGAUUCGCACGUUCCGGCUGACGCGUGGGAAAAUGUUCACCGUGGCGAUUCAUCUGGCACCGGUGAACACCGCUAAGGACAUUCUUCGUAAUACCGCAGCGCCAAAUUUACAUACGAAUUGAUCCGUCACUCAGCAGCACCGUCAGCAACGCCGGAACCGUCUCCCCGCGUGUUGCCACCGCCAUCGCAAACUAUGCGACAAAUAAACCGAAUAGCUUCGCACCGAUAGGCGAAAAGGAACGCAUCGGAAAGUUUUCCCCAGCGUUGUGCCAUCGUUUUCAGGAAAAGCCAAACCAUAGUGCGCGAAGUGUGUUCCUUCGAAGAAGCGACAACAAAAGUGAUUAAAUCAAAGCGAGUCCCGUGAAGCACUAUUUAUCGUGUGUUCUGCGUGGGGGCGGGAGAAGUUUUCCGAAAUAUAUUUUCACCCAGACACCCACCUCCCUCCCGAUCAUAAUGAUCUAGUGAAGUGACGUGCUUUCUGUGCCAAAAGUGACGCGGAAGUGGGAGUGGAAAAAAAACGGAAAUCGAAAGUGGUUCUUAUCAUCGUUGUCUGCGGGGCUGCGAAGGAGGAAGAAGAAAACAAGUGCAGAAUGGCUGAACUGCUGCGGAGCUGCGGUUGCUUGAAACGCACUCGACGCGGCUCGAGCUUCGAGGACUCGUCGUCCUGCCGGUCGUCGGAGAUCGAGCGGGGCGCGGAGCUUACGUCGCACAGUGGCAGCCUGCUGAAGCUGUUCACCUCGAAGGGCUGGUGCCGGCAGUGGAGGAAAACUGGCCGCGGCAUGAGCAUGACAAAGAUUGAGCGAACAAUGAAAGCUGCCAUCCUGAUCCAGCGCUGGUAUCGGCGGUUUCUGGCGCGAAUCGAAAUCCGGCGCCGCUACACUUGGACCAUCUUCCAGAGCAUCGAAUACGCCGGAGAGCAGGACCAAGUUCGGCUGUACAACUUCUUCAACGCACUGCUAACGCACAUUCCAGAGACUGCCGCGCGAUCCACUGGCUCACAGGAAACCUCCCGGGCUUCUUCCACCGAGGCACUCGAUAUGAAAUUCUCCGACGAGUCGGAUGAUCUCGCCGACGAGGGUAUAUCGGGCCCGGAGCGGGGCUACCAGGGACCACACAUCAAGUUUCCGCUGGACAAGAAGGAGCUUGAGGUGAUCAUCGAUCUGUUCCGGAAGAAGAAAAAUCGCUUGCACGCCAAGUACGUGGCGGGAAUCCUGCGGGAGGCGACAUCCAAACUCAAACGACUGCCAAAUAUGAACCAGGCAUCGACGGCCAUCUCGAAGCAGGUCACGAUCUGUGGUGAUCUGCACGGGAAGCUGGACGAUCUGUUAGUGGUGUUCCACAAGAAUGGACUUCCUUCGCCGGAGAAUCCGUACGUGUUCAACGGCGACUUCGUGGAUCGUGGUAAGAAGGGUCUGGAGGUACUGCUGUUGCUGCUCUGCACUUUCCUAGUGUUUCCCGGUGGGGUGUUCCUGAAUCGUGGUAACCACGAGGACACGGUCAUGAACGUUCGGUACGGUUUCGUUCGGGAAGUGCACCAGAAGUAUAAACACAAUGCGGAAAGACUGUUGAAACUCAUUGACGAAGUGUACCGAUGGCUUCCGCUAGGUACCAUAGUUAACAACCGCGUGUUGGUGGUGCAUGGUGGCAUCUCCGAUUCCACCGACCUGGAUCUCAUCCGUAGUUUAGAUCGUGGGAAGUACGUUUCGCUCCUGCGCCCUCCCAUCACUGAAAGCUCUGCGCCAGGAGCGGAAAUAAUUGAUAAAGUAGAAUGGAAGCAGGUAUUCGACAUGCUCUGGAGUGACCCGCAACACAACGAAGGCUGCCGGCCAAAUUCGCUGCGAGGCGCGGGCACCUACUUCGGUCCGGAUGUGACCAACAAGUUCCUACAGCGGUAUAAGCUCCAGUAUCUGGUUCGUUCGCACGAGUGCAAACUCGAUGGGUAUGAAAUAAUGCACAGCGGAAAGGUCAUCACGAUAUUUUCCGCUUCCAACUAUUACGAAAUUGGCUCCAACAAGGGUGCCUAUCUGAAGCUGGAUCCCCAGCUCGAUACCCACUUUGUGAUGUACACGGCGGCCGCUUCCAAGACGCGCAAGCUUACGUUCCGACAGCGGGUUGGAUUGGUGGAAACUUCGGCGCUGAGAGAACUGGCGGCGAGACUUCGCGAGCGGCGGGUUGAACUCGAGCGGGAGUUCGUCUCGCGGGACACUGGUAAUACGGGUAUGCUAACCAUAACGAAGUGGUGCGAAGCGAUGGAGUCCGCGACUAACCUUGGCCUGCCCUGGCGGAUGCUGAAGGACAAACUGGCUCCGGUGGACAAUCCGACUGCCUCCGUAUCCACCUCCGUUGUGGAGGUCAAUUAUCGGAAGACGCUGCACCUGUUGGACACGGAUUCGUUUAAAUGCGCCCAAAAUGGAACGAUGUCGGUGGCGGAAUCGCUGUACAAGAACAAGAACAGCCUGGAAACCAUCUUCCGGAUACUGGACAAGGAUAACUCGGGCCAAAUCUCACUGGAGGAAUUCGGGGAGGCUUGCGACCUGCUGGAGAAGCAUUUCCCCCACAACACCCACGAACAGCUGCUGGACAUGUGCCGGAUGAUGGACAUCAACAAGGACGGACUGGUGGAUCUGAAUGAGUUCCUGGAGACGUUCCGGUUGUGCGAAAACGCGAAGGAACAGCUGCUGACGAGUCUGCAAGACCGGGCGCUGGCUUCGGUGGAGGAGUGCGACGAGGAUUGCGACCAGCACAAGGGUAAGAAAAAGGGGGCUAAAAAGAAUGGGGACACCAAACGGAAGGGGAAUAAGAAAACGAACGGUAAAAAGAUUGAUGAUUCCUCUAAAACAGCGGAAGAUUCGGAAGAUUACGAAACGUUCGAAGCGGAGGGCGAGGAUCAGGAGACGAGGAAGAAGAAAAGCACGGAGAACAGUGCGAAAGGUACGCUAACCAGCAAUGGGAAUUUAGAGGAUAAGUCCUAAACGAGGGGGGAAUUAGCAAGGUAAAUUAGGUGCCGUUUUCUUUGCCCAAAGAAAUGUUCCGCUAAUCUUCUUUGACUUUAAUUUAAUUAGGUAACUUUCGGAACUAAUCGUAUCUCCACUACCAAAAGUGAGCGACGUGUAUUGAAUUUCAUUCCAUUUCUCGCUUGAUUACUUUCCGAGUGCUAAUUAAAUUUGUAUCCUAGUCACAUUCCCCAUUCCUCGAGUUGUUCGCAAUUGAGACGAGAUUUCUAAAUUUUAGCCGCCUCCGAGAAGCCUCGAGAAGUAUGUUCCAAAUUUCAUUUUUCCGGCCACUCAGCUGUUACCACCUAGGGAAGAGAAAUAUUAUUACAUUCUCGAGUGGUAAUUGAUGUAGAGCUUGGAGAGCCUUUAUUGCCCUGUGUUGCGCAACCAUCACGUAGCUAAUUAAUUAAAUUGAAUGUUUUCCCUUCUGUAGUCAGUUUCGUUUACAAUUUCAUUUCAUCGUAUUGUUUUGGGGCAAAUCAACGCUACCAAAACCGUUGACUGAACAUUUCCAAGAAGUCCUUACCCGGUUUUAAGAUAACUCUCAUUCUACCUGCAGGCCGAAGCUACGCAUUCAAGUUUCUGUGAAGCGGUGGGGACAAAGAAAAUGGAAAAGCUGGGAACAAAACUUUUAAAAUCCUACAAACAACUUAUGUUUUCUGUUAACACACAACAACGGAGCAAUAUCAAAUCUAGGAGAACGAAAAAAAAAUACACACACAUUUGAGAGAAUAAUUUAUUUUAUACGCAGAGUUGCAUUUUACCAAUAUUUCGAAUACAUACAACGUUCGGAAGCGACGAAAAACUCUAUGGAAGCUUUAAUUAGUUUUGAUUCUUUUCUACGAAGAUAGAGAAUAUAUUCAAUCUAGCAGAUGUAGCGUAUAUUUAAAAUACUGAACAAAUAAACAGUUAAAAAUUGAAAUUUAAACUUAUAUAUUAACUUUACAAAUCAAAUCGAUGGUUUCCUGAUAACAAACAAACAAAAAACAAAUCCAAACUAUUAGAUGUGAGUUGUUAGACAACUGAAUCGAAUGAACAGAGGAAAACAACAGAAAACAAAUAGCAUAUUCAGAAGGAACGCAUGGCCAACUACUCUUCUACUACUUUUACCGCUAUUACUACAACUAUUACUACAUUUUCACCAUUUUCACAACACCUUACGACACGAACAAAAUCGUAUCACACGCACCAACCACUUUUUCGAUCUUACUGUGUGACCCACGGAUAAAAAUAAAGCAUAUAGAUAAAAUUUUGAAAAAACAAACAUGUUAAAGCGAAUUUUUGCGAGUUCAAUGGUUGCUGUUUUAUAAGAAUAUUUCCCAUUAACUAAUUCACACCGAGAAACUAAUCGAUUAUAGUUGUUAAAGAGAACAUGCCAAACAAACAAGAGAGAAAGAGGUGAAAGAAAACCAAUCUAGACGUUUUUUACUCCUGAAGCUAGUGAUAAUGUAAGGCAGUGGAAUAAGUUUCUCCAUAGAGAUCUAGUUUAUUUCAGCAGUUGUAAUUUAUUUCGACCGUUUGCAGAAUGAGAAACAUAUUUGUGCAAGCUUUCAAAGGUAUAAUUUUACCUAGAAGAAACUUUUGUAUAUAGUGUUUGUAUAUUCCUGGUUUUAACUGUUAUGGAAUGAAGAUUUAAUUUAACGCAUUGCAUUAAAACUAGUCAAAUUCAUGAAUUUUUAAAAUUCUUCAUAAGUCGCUUUAAAACGAAGCAAAAACCGGAAAAAAACAAGAAAACUACAUUCACGUUUGAAAAAGAAAUACGCUGGCAUAUUUUUCCUCUGCUACACGUUGAACAAGGAGUCAUUUCAGGCCACUUUGUGUUUUUAAGCUACGUAAACGUCUACUAUGAAUGAAAAACAAGAUAAAAUAUACCAAAGCUAAAUGUUGCUGUUUUUACGAAAAAUGUUAUCUUCAACAAAAGACACGCUGGAAUGCGAAUUAAAGAUAAUGAAUAUAAAUAUA